AUGAAUCAAUACGCGCAAAAUCAAUCGCGACCGCUAUCGAUUCUGCAAUUCACGAUCGCAGAUGUGCUAUUCGAGAAUCGAAUUCUCACAUUUGAUUUACGCUUGGAGUCACCGAUCAGCCAAAUUGGAUCAAGUUUUCAUAAAAGCACUUUCUGGCUUUCCUCUCCCGCCGAUACCGAAGCAUUUUUCGUCUCGGAAAUCGGUGGCGACCUUGAGCAUCACAUUCGACAAUUGUGCCAACCGGAUCCGAAUCGCCGGAUCCAUAUCGAAUGCCCACACGGAGCCAUUUUCCUUCACCUCAUCGAUCCGAAUGGAACCGUGGCCAUUCCAUUGGCCAUCCCGUCACCACCAAGACAAAUCGAUCGACUGAAAAUGAUGCUGAACAUGGAAAAAAAUAAACACGGUGAAGCAAUGCGGCAAAUCUUUAAGCUUCAAGCUGAUGCCACCACCGCUACACAGAAAAGUGAACAGUUAGAACAGCUCUGUGACUCGCAGCUACGGGAAAUCAACUGUUUACGGAAUAUUUUACGAGAACACGCUACGGCUCACGAACAUGAGAUGCACACAAAAACCCCACUGAAAUGCUUAGUGCCAAGCAUGCUGAGUCCAUCAAAAGUGCAAAACGAUGAGCCACAACAAGAUUUCAACAAUGACCAACCAGGAACUUCGAAAGAGACUAAUUUACAAGAACGAACAACGACUCAACUCCUUGCUUUGACCCAUUCAAUUUCAUCGACGACCAGCGCAUCAACAGAACAAUCGCAGAAAGAGCUGUUGAUUGGCAUCGCUCAACAAAUCAUUUGCUCUUUAUGCCCUGAGAAUUUUCAUCUACCCGAUUUGAAGGAAAUGGAGCAACAUUUCUUGCAGACACAUAUGGAUGAGGAAAAGAAGAGUUGUCGUGCUUGUCCGACCGACUCAAAUCCAGCGAAUCUCUUCCAACACAUUCGACAGCACGCAAAUCGGAUCUACUCCUGUAUGAGAUGCGGGAAACGUGGCCAAAAACAUCUUAUCAAAGCGCAUCUACGAACGCACACUGGAGAAAAACCGUUUUCCUGUGAAACGUGUGGACGAGGCUUCGCUGAUGCGUCCACGCUCCGAAGACAUCGAAUGAUUCAUACAGGCGAGAAGAAGCACGAGUGUCCGAUUUGUGGCCGAUCAAUCGCGCGAAAAGACAACGUUAAAGUGCACAUAAGAAGUCAUAAAGAAACG